AAGACAAAAACCAAAGGAAAAAAAAAGUCUCCAUAAAAAAAUUACACAAAACAGUCAGCAAUUCUUUCAGAUAUGCUUGCAUUUCAGAAUAUGGCCUUUUCCCCCUUGGAAAAACAGUUUUUGUUUUCCUUAGGGAAGGGUAAAGUUCAGGAAGCAGAUCAUUACAGUUCACCAAUGUGAAAGGGAGAGAUGGAUUAAAAUUUUAAAAUAGCUAGCUUUCCAGAGGAUGAUAGAGGUUUCACAGCUGUUAAAGUAAAACAAGAACUGGACAGUAGUUAAGGGGAAAAACAGAUUUUAUUCAGAAAAGCAAUUGCAGUAGGGGAAAAGAGACCUCAGUAUAGAACUGGGCUCGGUUCCAAAUGCAAGGAGCAGAGUGAGUGAGGCUUCAUAGGUCAGGAGCAGAGUUGUAGGUAAGGGUGGAUGUAAAAUUACUAAGAGGAUACACCUGGGGUAAGGAGCAUUCUGCCUAAACGACGUACCGGCAUUGUUGCUAGAGGCGGGCCUAAUCGAUGGGAUGGUGGGAGAGGAGGAACCGGACCCCUGGCAGUGAGCAGAUGUUGGGAAUGGGGUAUUCUGGCUAAACCAAUUAAGCAGGAUUCUUGCUAAAACGGGGCGAUGCAAAGAUAAAACAGAAGGUGGACGAUUCAGAGCCUGACUAAAGUUUGGCCAAGGGGAGAUUUCUGUCGCAGGAGGUAGAGCAAACUUCUUAAAAAGUGCACCAGGUUCCUUCGGCAGUCUGCAGGUUCUGAGAAGGAGAACUAGGAGCACAGGGGGUGGGGAGUGGGAGACUGCUGGGCUGGGCUCGCAUCUGGGCGGAGAUCUCGGAGGUGGGCGGAGAUCUCGGAGGUGGGCGGGGCUCACAUCUGGGUGGGCCACUGGCCCUGGGCGAGUGGGCGGGGCGGCAGACACCCGCUGGGUGCUCAGCCUCCCAGAGCCUCUUGCGGUGCUGGGAGAGCCCGCCCCGCCCCUCGGCGGGUGCCUCUCCUCUUCUCUUGGGUCUAUGGAGGAAAAACUCUGCGCGGAAUACAUGGCCGCAGCCGCCUGCAGUACCAAGGCCAUGUCCCUCUUCAAGCGGACCUUAGUGCUGAGUCCCGGCGCCGCGCCCAGAGGUGCGGGCACCCCCCCGCGCGGCUGUUCCUUUACCCCAGCCGCCUGGCCCUCCAAGGACCGGCCGCGGGGAGAGGGCGUCUGCUGCAGGCUGCGGAGUCCCGUGGCAGCCAGCCGCGCGCCCCAGUCCCACUCCAGCUCCUCUGCAUCUCCGACAGCCGUGUGUGUCCUCUGCCCGCAGGACUCGCUCAGCAGCAGUUUGAAAACUUGCUACAAGUAUCUGAAUCAGACCAGUCGCAGUUUCGCAGCCGUUAUCCAGGCCCUGGAUGGGGAAAUGCGCCAUGCAGUGUGCAUAUUUUAUCUGGUUCUCCGAGCUCUGGACACUCUGGAAGAUGACAUGACCAUCAGUAUAGAGAAGAAGAUCCCCCUGUUACACAACUUCCACUUGCACCUUUAUGAGUCUGACUGGCGGUUCACUGAGAGCAAAGAGAAGGACCGACAAGUCCUGGAGGACUUUCCAACGAUUGCCCUCGAGUUUAGAAAUCUGGCUGAGAAAUAUCAAGUGGUGAUAGUUGACGUUUGCCGGAAGAUGGGAUUCGGGAUGGCAGAGUUUUUGAAUAAGCACGUGACAUCAGAACGGGAGUGGGACAAGUACUGUCACUACGUUGCUGGGCUGGUGGGAAUUGGCCUUUCCCGUCUAUUCUCGGCCUCAGAGUUAGAAGAUCCCUUGGUGGGUGAAGACACAGAGCGUGCCAACUCCAUGGGCCUGUUCCUGCAGAAAACAAACAUCAUCCGUGAUUAUCUGGAAGAUCAGCAAGAAGGAAGAGAGUUUUGGCCUCAAGAGGUUUGGAGCAAGUAUGUUAAGAAGUUGGGUGACUUUGCAAAGCCAGAGAACGUGGACUUGGCCGUGCAGUGCCUGAACGAGCUAGUCACCAGUACACUGCACCACAUCCCCGACGUCAUCACGUACCUUUCACGACUUAGAAACCAGAGCAUAUUUAACUUCUGUGCUAUCCCACAGGUCAUGGCCAUUGCUACUUUGGCUGCCUGUUAUAAUAAUCAGCAGGUGUUCAAAGGGGUGGUGAAGAUUCGAAAAGGGCAAGCAGUCACCCUGAUGAUGGAUGCCACCAACAUGCCAGCUGUCAAAGCCAUAAUACACCAGUACAUGGAAGAGAUUUAUCACAGAAUCCCCGACUCGGACCCUUAUUCGGCCAAAACAAGGCAGAUCAUCUCCACCAUCAGGACACAGAAUCUUCCCAAUUGUCAGCUGAUCUCCCGAAGCCACUACUCACCCAUUUACCUGUCAUUCGUCAUGCUGCUGGCGGCCCUGAGCUGGCAGUACCUGAGCACCCUGUCGCAGGUCACAGAGGACUACGUUCAGACCGGGGAGCACUGACCGGGGGCUGGGGACUGAGGGCGCCAGGACCACCGACCUCUUCAGGGAUGGAUGUGGGCGUCCACCCUCCUCACUCCUGCAACAACUCAUGGGCCUGGCCCUGUAGAAGCUGUGCUGUGGGAUUAAGAAGAUUCAAGGGAAAGGACCCUUUGGCUCUGGCUGUGUGGGGGCUGCAGGUCGGAGAGUGGCUGCUUCUGGAACUCUGGGGAGAUGGCUCUUAGUGUGAACACAGCUGGAAUUAUAAUUAAAUGUAUUUAAUUUGAAGCAUCUUUUGAAUGCCUAUCCUAGUAGAAUGCAAAGUAGAUUUUCUUCCUUGUUGGGGUCCUGUUUUUCUCAUCAUUUUGUUUCCUCCAGUGGACUUGAAUGUGGUAGGUGGGAAUGUGGAAAUUCCAGGAAAUAUCCCCAUGUUUGCUAAGAAUGCAGACUGCUUUCUGCACAUGGGGGCUAGGAAGAAACUGCUGGGUGGUGGUGGCAUCGUUUCCUCGUGUAAAGAAAAGGAGCUUAGGUUUCAGAAGAAAAUGGCAGGAUUGCCUUUGGCCCUAUCAUUUUUGAGAUUUUUGUAAUAAAGGACUGAAUUACUCA